AAUCAGCAGCUACGAGUUGUCAAGAUUAGGGCAUUUGAAAAAUGGCUGCCAAUAGUAAAACAUCAGUUGUCCUCUUCCUAGUCCUAAAUAUUCUCUUCUUCACUCUUACUAGUGCAUGUGGCACUUGCCAACCAAAGCCUAAACCAAACCCGAAGCCGAGCCCCAGCCCCGGAAGGGGCACUUGCCCUAGGGAUGCCUUAAAAUUAGGGGUAUGCGCUAAUCUUCUAGGUGGAUUGCUUGGUGUUACCAUUGGGACACCACCAAAAACUCCAUGCUGCUCCCUUAUUCAAGGCCUUGUCGACCUGGAGGCGGCGGUCUGCCUUUGCACUGCCAUUAAAGCCAAUGUUUUGGGCAUUAACCUCAAUGUUCCUCUUUCCCUUAGCUUGCUUCUUAAUGUCUGCUCCAAGAAGGUUCCACCAGGCUUCAAAUGUGCCUAGACAACCUAGCUUUUUACUCUUCCGUCCUCAGUCCUAUGAGUUUGUUCUUUUAAGAUUAUUGCA